AUGCAUCCGACUACAACCUCCAGCUCCACUACAGCAACAUCGACUUCGACUGUCGAAACGACCACGACCAGUUCAACAACGACAACUAGUAUUAUCACUUCGACAACAGCAGAGCCGGAAACUGCCACUGAAGAGGGCUGCGGCGAACUUCCAGAAGAGGAAGAGUCAAAUCCAUUCUUGAAACUUUUCGACCUAAGAAACGAUCUUGAAACCUCCACACCCGCUUCUACUGCUAAAAGCAGUACUGUUGCUCCGUUGAAGAUUACUGGCAGCUUUCUCUCUUCAAAGACGAGGCAAGAAGUUUCAUCACAAGUUAACGUUAACUUUGCGAAUUCGAAUGAAAUUCUAGCACAAGCAGGUGUUGAUGAGCCUGUUGCGGAAUUACAAGAUGGGGGAGAUUCAAAAGGGGUCGCUGAUGCUGCUGAAAACGCUGAAAUUACAGAAACAAUCAAUUUUUUCAAUACUCAAACUGGAAUUGUCACUAUUACCAUCAUCACCAUUAUUGGUACUUGCGCUCUUCUGAUUUUGGGAACUGCGAUUUAUAGAAAUUUCCGACGAAGAAAAGUGGAAAUCGCCGCCGCUUAUUUCGGAAUUCUCAUUUCUUUGAUUUCCUUCCUUGUUGUCAUCUAUUUCCUCAUUGUCGACUUGUCUACAGACGAAAGCCACAGCGACGAAGGAAUCCAGGAGAAUAUCGCCUAUGUCCUAAUCGGAAUCACUUCCGCGCUGAUUCUCCUUCUCAGCGGUUUCAUUUUGAUCCGACGGUCACGUAGCGGAAAUUCAAGGAGAAGACGUAAUUCUAGUAUCAGUCUUGGAUCUUCCAUCGCCUCGCAUUCAUUCCUCAAUCGACCAGCUCCUAAAUCCGUCAUAGAAAAUCCCUUCGCUACGACCCGAGGAACUUCACGUCCAGCUACAACAAGGAUUUAA